AUGAAGACUACAUUGGUUCUGACUGUUUUGUUUUGCGUCGGUCUUACCGUCUACGCCAAAACUACUCAUAGGCCAGACCACACCACCCAUAGGCCAGACCACACCACCCAUGCUCCCCAGCCUGAGGAAUUUGAGUGCGAUGCUUGCAUAACAUUUGCAACUGUUAUUGAGGAGUACGUCCACGAGAGAUUACCAUUGGCUGAGGUUGAAAGAGACGCCAACACACUAUGCCAUAUUUUAACAGGUCACUUGGGAGAAUACUGUGAACAACACUUGAUUCCAAAAGUUGACAGAAUCUUCGACGACCUUCACAAACAUUCACCUCAGGAUGUAUGUGAAAAUUUGGACUUUUGUUAG